AGCACCCGUAGGUGUUACGGCAAAGACAAGACGUGUAUCUAACUUGACAGUGACAUGAGUCUGCGCUUGGUCUCAACUGGUUUCAAUUUGAGCGACAAGUCACUAAUGAAUUCAGAGGAGGAUGUCAUCCGAUUUAAAGUUAGACUUCAGAAAUAGUCAACAAUACCCUGCGAUGAAUAGCGAGAAAGGCAUGUUUUCUAUCGACCAGGGAGGAGAGUGGGACCUGAGCCUGUUUGAUGAACUGGAUAGCCUGGAGGAUGCAGAUGAGCUACUCAAGGCCCUCGAAAGCGGUGCCUAUGCCAGCGAGGGUCAUCAUCUGGAUUUUGAUAUCGACAUUCCUCCUUGGAAUGAAGCGGACACAAGCAGCACCUGCACAGAUGGUGAGGUGAGUGUGGACUCUCUCUCCCCUGCCUACACCGUGAGCUCCGUCCCUUCUCCUGCGUCUGUGGAGGCCUUGUCCCCCUUAUCCUCUUUACAUGAUGAAGCGCUGUCCCCACAGUUGCAGCUUUCCCCAAUUUCAGUUUCAUCCGAGUCCAGUGGCUUUUCUGAAAUCUCGCUACCACCCAAGAAGGCUGCAAAGAGGAGCACUCAGGGGACAAGAGCUAAACCUGCUCAGCCUGCAAAGAGACCAAUUCAGAUGAGCCCAAAGGUCUCCAUCCAGCCCAAAGCACUGAUUGCAGCCAUGCCCUUGGCUCCAGCACCAGCUCCUUUGCAGGCCAAAACGAUCAUCAUCCAGCCUCUGCAGACCACUGUGCUGCCUGUGGUUAAUCCGGCUCCAGUCAACAUACAACCAGCACUCCCACCAGGUCAUCCUAUUGUGCUGUCUCAGCCGAGCCAGCUACUCCAGAUCCAGACGCCACAGGCCAUCUCUGCUAAUGUGGUUGCUGUGCCAGCGCUCCGCCAGGACAAGCCUGUUCCGGUAGCUGCUCCCCCACUGGUUUCUGUCACGCUUCGAACCCCGUCCUCAGACGACGACUCCAAGUUGUCCCAGAAGCAGCAACGCAUGAUAAAGAACAGGGAGUCGGCAUCGCUCUCUCGCAAAAAGAAGAAAGAGUAUCUGCUCUCGCUGGAAGCUCGUCUGAAGGUGGCGCUGUCUGAGAACGAGGUGCUCAAGUGUGAGAAUGGCAACCUGAAGAAGCAGCUGGAAGGGCUGCUGGGUGAGAACUCUGUUCUAAAAGCUACAGCACCAAAGAGAAGAGCUGUGUGCCUCAUGGCGGUCCUGGUGUUUGUGGUGCUCAAUGUAGGACCAACAAGCUUGUUUCAGAGCGGCUCCGUCUCCAGCCUUGACGUUGCUCCCAUGCAGCACAGUGGCAGACACCUGCUAGAUUUCUCACCAGAGGCAGAUUCUGACGUGUUGAUGGGUCCCGAGCUCACCGGAACACCCUCGGAGAUGCCAGACAGUUCUGAGGAUAAGGCGCUGAUAGUUGUGAAAAGUCCCAUCUUUCUCAGACCCCCCCCCCCCUGCCAGCCUCUUGUUAACAGGACCAAGUGCAUUGAGUUGACUCAUGAACUGAGAGGUUGGGUCCACCGUCAUGAAGUACAGCAGAACAAAUCCAGACGCAUGAGUAACAGCAACCAUAAACCCAUCAGAAACAUUCUAAAAACGGAUAAUAAGGAGGAUGACCUCGUUCAAAUUGUCCCAGUCCCAUAUGGAGAAAGCACAGAGAAAAAAAAUCCAGGCAGUGAGCUGCAGAUUUACUACGCACCUCAACACACCUACAGUGACUUCUUUGAUGAGCUCAAUCGUCGCGCAGACACUUUCUACGUGGUGUCCUUUCGUAGGGAUCAUCUUUUACUUCCUGCCACUAACCAUAACAAAGGAAGUCGGCCCAAGAUGUCUGUCGUGUUGCCAGCCAUGAACAUAAAUGACAGCAUCAUCAAGGACAAAGAGUUCGAGGUGAUGAUGCAGAUCGACUGUGAAGUAACCGACACCAGGAUCCUCCACAUCAGGUCCUCGAGCAUCCCCCCUUUGCUGCGGGUCAACCAGACAGACACAUUUUACCAGCACUCCCCAACCAACAGCAAGCCUGUACCUCCAGUUGGCGUGCUGACGGGGUCAUCUUGACGUCAUCCCCAGCUCCAGUCUUCUCUGUAGCGCCUCGGCAAAACACAUGAAGGGAAAAUACAAGAAAUCUCCUCAGUUAACGAUUUUAUCGGACAGAGGAUGUCGUAAAUCCACCGAUUUUAUAUUUGUGAUUUAAAUGAAGGUGCUUUGCAGAAUAUUAGAAGGGAUGAAAAGCUCAGAGCAGAGGCUGACUCCUUGGGUGGCAACACUGACUUCCCCUUGCAGCUCCACACAUCCCUAUCAGGGUAAUUGUUAGUCUGCAGGGAGCCGAGCAUUGAACUCUGAGUCACCCCAUCAUCAUCACACAAGUACUUCGACUCCUAAGAGGUCUUUGUGAGAUACAUGUUUGUCUUUUACAUCCAAUAAUAAUCAUAGAAGACAGAAAAAGUGUGAUGUUGGUGUUGAGAAGCACAGUCUGUUUUUACCCUCUCUUCAAAACAGAAUGUAGUGUUAAUUUUCUGUCUAAAGUUUUUUUUUAUUUAUGAAAUAUAAAGAUACACCUGAUCAAUUAACAGCAGAGAAACGUUCAGUAAACUCAGGAAGUUUAUUAUAUUUUACAUUUUAGGCUACUUGGCUUUAAUUAAAAUAUUCCAAGUCCUCUAUUUGCAGCAUUCAAGCCAUAAAUAAUUGUAGCACUCAAUUUUUCUGUCUUUGCACAGUCGUGGUCAUGAACAGAUAUCAAAACUGUACAUGUUUCUUAAUAUUCUGUAACAGUUCACCUUCUUGUUUCCAUGCAUCUGGCUCAAUUUUUAUGUGUUGUAUGUCAUUUUUUUCUUUUAUAUUCUCUGUCGCUUUGUGUUUUUAUUCUUAAUGAAAUGUCAACGAUAUGUUUUAUUUAAAAUUAGGGGAGAUUGAGAGAAACUGCAAUUUAGAUGUAACUUUUUUUUGUCACAGUUUCUUGAAAAACGUGAUCUAAAACCACUUGGGGGGGGCAUUUAAAGACUUCUCGUGUCUCUGGCCUUGUUUUUUUAAUUUUUAUUAUGUGCUGUAAUGUCUGUGUAGUUGGAAUGUAUCCAACUACAAAGUACGGAUGCACUGUAUACACAGAACGACGGACAUUCAGUUUGGGCUUUAAAUGCCUUAUGUUUGUGGUUUUUUCCUUCCUUUUUUAUUUAUACCUUUUGAUGCUUUGCCAUGAAUUGAUGAGAACAGAAAUAUUUUUUUGUUUUCUCUUAUUCAGGACCACUUUUUGUACAUGUUGAGUAAAAAAAGCAUAUACUUGUCCCUAGGGCAUUUUUUUUUAAGCGAUCAAUGGUUGUUUUUACUUAAAAGAUUAUCCUAAAAAUGUAUAACAAGCUUGUUUCCCUUUCAGGUGUCUUUUUGUGCAGCCUUUUUUGUUUCUAAGAUACAGUCCCUAAAACAUUUUGGUUCACUGGCCAAAAAUGUGAAAUUAUAAAUUUUCAAGGUUUUUGUCUUUUAUGUGUUUAAACUAAAAUAAACACUGGAUUUUCUUUAAA